AUGUCAUCUUCACCCUCCGCAGAGGUCGCCUCCACAUAUGACCGCAAGGUCGCUUGCCCCCAGCCUGAUCCAACCUCCAGCUUACCAAUCCAAACCGCUGGCCCGCGCCUCUUCCAACCGUCCUCCGUCGACUACCUAGCGCCAUUCAAGGGCUGCGACCACGACUGGACCUGGGUCGUCCAUCAGAUCCGCGACCUGCCGCUGGACUUCGCACGGCGCGCAGAGACGCUCUUCAUACACCAGGCCCUCUACGGCGACGACGGCACCCUUCCCCCACCUCUGCGCGCCGCGUUCGGCAUCUGCGCCGCAGCCUCGGUUUCGCUUAACGAACACACGCGGCCCGUCUUCUUCCGCGCCCUCGACGACGAGGUAGCCGAGCUGCUGCGUGCGGCACCCUCCUCCUCUACGUCAACGACGGUAACGACGCCGCUCGCCGAGGACCUCGCCCGCCUGCAGGCCGCCGUGCUGUACCAGAUUAUCCGGCUGUUCCAGGGCGGCGCCGAGCAGCGCGUCGUCGCCGAGCGCCAGGAGUUCCUCGUCAGAUCGUAUGGGCUCGCGCUGUUGCAGAGAGCGGACGCUGAGCUGCACCACGACGAGCCGCACAACGACGAGCUGCAGAGCUGGCAGGCCUGGCUGCUGGAGGAGAGCGUCCGGCGCACGGUCUUCGUCGCCUUCAAGCUCUACACCAUCUACUCGCAUUUCCGGCACGGGGUGUGCGCCGAGACCGAGGCCCUGGCCAUGCUGCCCGUCUCGUCGUCGCGUCCGCCCGGGUCGUGGUGGUCGCGGGAGGCGUUCUAUCGUCUCCCGCACAAGGACGGCGGCCUGCGGCGGCGCAUGUCGCCGACGGAUAUUGUGACGUAUGGGGAGUUUACCCAGCAGUGGGAGGUCGCGCCGCGGGGCGACAUCGAUGCUUACGAGAUGAUCAUGCUCGUCGGGUGCAAGGGGCUGGGUCGUGUCGAGGCGCUGAUUGAGCGCAGCCGGCGGGAUGCUGUUGUGGUGUGA